AUGCUGAACCCAAACGAAGAAGAAGUGAACACAGAAGAAAUCUCGAUGGCCACAAUUUUGGAUUUAAAACCACCACCUCCGUUUGAUGCAGAGGGUGAUAAUUCCUCGCUAGCCCAACGCUGGAAAGAAUGGCGAGAACGUUUUAAUAUGUAUACAGUAGCUGCCAACAUCAAGGAUGAUGCACAGAAACGCGCAAUGUUAUUGUAUGUAGCUGGCCCGUCGGUUCAUAAAAUAUUCAAAACACUACAAGACACCGGGACAGAUUUCAAAACAACUCUAGAGAAGCUCGACGAAUAUUUUCAGCCACAAAAGAACGUAAUAUAUGAACGCUAUGUGUUUAAACAGACACAUCCAACGCCUGGAGAAUCGGUAGACAGCUACAUAACUCGUCUACGUACACUAGCCGAAACGUGUGAAUUCGAAAGCGCCGAGAAUGAAACACGCGAUCAGUUUGUUAUGGCAUGCUCGUCUCAUGGAUUUCGUACGAAGCUUUUACGCGAGACAGAUCUGACAUGGGCUAAGCUUAUUACCAUUUCGCGAGCGAAGGAAUUAGCAGAAAAACCAGCGUCGAAUAUCUCGGGACACAAUAAAUCUCGGAACAAUGUUAAUCGUGUAAAAGACGAGGGAAAUGACGAAGCUAAAGACAAGGUAAGACAUGCUAAAUAUGUACCAAAACCACACAAACAAAAUCAAUGCCGAAAUUGUGGAAAUGAAUUUAAAUAA